AUCACACUUUAUUCAUUUGUUUUCAAUUGUUCCUGGACUUCCAGAGCUACAUUAAUUGAAAUACAAUCUCGGAGCACGGGACCUUUUGUAAAUAUUGGAGAUCACAUGGCAACACAAAACGGGAAUACUGCUCUAUUUUUUUUUCAUAUAUUCACUUUGCGGUUAAAUCCAAGACUGUGGUGUGAACCGCUGUUUUCGGACCGCGGAGACUAACCGUUCGGCGCGCGGGUCGCCGUUACCACGAGUAACUGACCUGUCUGCGUCAUCGUUUUUGUUUUGCGGGCCACAACGAUCACCUCACCCGUCACCUCGCGCCGGGGACGCGCGCCCAAAACAACCAACCGCUGCUCUCUCUCCCGCUGCACCUGCCUCGGCUCAGGUAAGCCUGCGCGCGCCCGCGACGCUGGGUCUUGACAGCGGAGCGCGCCCCCGAGUCCCCCCUGUCUGGCUGGGAGGAGGGUGCGCGCCUCCCGACGACGGCCGGGGGAGCGCGCAUCCCCGAGAGAGGCGGUGAAGGGAAGAGAGAGACGGACGGAGAGAGAGAUCCCGGCCGCCUUCGCCGAGGUGGAGAAGGAUACCAACAUGAGCUCUCGGAAGGUGCUGGCCAUCCAGGCCCGCAAGCGGCGGCCGAAGGGGAAGAAGGACAAGGCAGCCCAUCACCGGAGCGCUGGAGCAGGGAGAGGGAGAGGGGGAGAGAGGGAGAGGGAGGGAGGGAGGGAGCUGUGCCCUCCCCCACAGGCUGAGAGCGGCUCCGAGGGAGAAGGAGGCAGAACGAGAGAGAGAGAGAGGGACAGACACAGGCAGGAAGGCAAGAGGAAGAGAGGAGGAAGGAGAGUGAAGUCCGGAUUGCUAGCGAUUCCCUGCGAGCGUCGUGCCUCCCGGAGAGCGGAGCGGCCCCCUCGCGCUGCUCAUGUCCGUCAACUCGGAGAAAUCCUCGUCCUCCGAAAGGUAACCGUGACAACUGCGCACGGCGGGCUGUCCGCCUCGGCUGCCUUGCCCCCUGCUCUCCCUUCCUCCGGUGCCCCCGGUGUCUGGCUCUCCGGGAUGCUCCGGCCUGAGCCCCAGCAGAAAGUCCCAUCAGCACCCCCUCCUCCCCCACCCCCUCCGCCCCCUCCAGAGCCGGCCGCUCCGCCUGAGCCGGAGGAGGAGAUCCUGGGCUCCGACGAUGAGGAGCAGGAAGACCCGGCCGAUUACUGCAAAGCCCCGCCUCGGCCAGCCAGCCGCGCCGCUGUGUUCCUGACAGCGCGCGGUCUGUGUUCCAGGGGGAAGCGGUUCGUGGCGAUGAAGGUGGUGAAGAGCGCCCAGCACUACACGGAGACGGCGCUGGAUGAAAUCAAGCUCCUGCGAUGCGUCCGGGAGAGUGACCCCAGUGACCCCAACAAGGACAUGGUGGUCCAGCUGAUUGACGACUUCAAGAUCUCGGGCGUCAAUGGCAUUCAUGUGUGCAUGGUGUUCGAGGUGCUGGGGCACCACCUGCUCAAGUGGAUCAUCAAGUCAAACUACCAGGGGCUGCCACUGCCUUGUGUCAAGAGCAUCAUCAGACAGGUGCUGCAGGGUCUGGACUAUCUCCAUAGUAAGUGUAAGAUCAUUCACACCGACAUCAAGCCGGAGAAUAUCCUAAUGUGUGUGGAUGAUGCCUUUGUACGCAGGAUGGCUGUUGAGGCCACAGAAUGGCAGAAGGCUGGGGCACCCCCCCCCUCUGGAUCUGCAGGUACCCCCAAAUUCAGUGCCUCCCUGUUACUGGUGGGCAAGAUCUCCAAGAACAAGAAGAAGAAGCUGAAGAAGAAGCAGAAACGGCAGGCGGAGCUGCUGGAGCGCCGCAUGCUGGAGAUCGAGGCCCUGGAGCGCGAGGCCGAGGAGCAGCGGGCCGGCGGGCAGGGCGGGGGGGGCGACUCGGAGGCCCCGCCGGGCCCCCGGGGCCUCCCGCCCUCGCCGUCCCCGGCCCCGGAGGAGGAGGAGUGCGGCGCGGACAGCGAGGAGGGGGAGGAGGAAGAGGAGGGGGAGUGCCGGCUCAUCAACCACGCCGAUGCGGGCCUGGAGCAGCUGCAGCAGCAGUGGCAGGAGGCGGCCCCCAGCACAGAGAGGGAGCAGGAAGAAGGGCCGGCGAUGGAGAGGGAGGUGGGGAGAGGAGAGGCGCAGGAGGCGGAGGAGGAAGAGGAGGAGGAGGAGGAGGAGGAAGGACCAGACCCCGAAAGGGAGACAGAGAAAGACCUAGAGCCCACGUCCGGAGGAAGAGAAACGGGAACGGAGAAGGAGGCGGAGGCAGAAACCAGGAAUGAGAGAGAAGAGGAAGAGGAGGAGGAGGAGGAAGAUGACGACGAGGACGAGGAGGACGAGGAGGAGGAGGAGGAGGAGGGCGAGGGAGGGUGUGGGGACAAUCUGGUACCUGGACACGCAGACACCCCCAAAACGAAUGGCCACGUGCUGCUGGGGGGCAGCCCCCUGUGCGUGGGGGAGGAGGGCGGGAGGGGGCCGCUGUGUCCCACAGCGGAGCCCGAGCUCAGCAGCACAGACGGCGGCGGCUCCUACAGCAGCUCCUACGAACUCUUCAACGGCGAAGUCCCCGUCGUGGCCAACGGGGGGCGCCACCGCGGCACCACUCCCCGCUUCCCCGAGCUUCCCCUGGACCCCACCCAGGGGUCCCCCGCAGCCUCCCUGCUGCACGGCAGCCCCCCUCUGGACCGCAGCCGCACCGUGUCCUCGUCCAGCACGGGGGAGCAGCCCAAAGGUCAGUCCUGCCUUCCCAGCUGGCUGGGUCCGCCUCACUAUCCCUCUCUCCCAACAUCCUUGCUUGCUGCCUUUUUCCCUCCUGCCCUCUCCCAAUUUCCUGCUCCAUCCGCCCGCGGGUCUUCCCCGGCCGCGCAGGCGUUCGAGCUGGCCACAGGGGACUAUCUCUUCGAGCCGCACUCUGGAGAGGACUACUCCCGCGACGAGGACCACAUAGCCCACAUCAUUGAGCUGCUGGGCUGCAUCCCGCGACACUUUGCCCUCUCUGGAAAGUAUUCCCGGGAAUUCUUCAACCGCAGAGAUCACAUCGCCCUCAUCAUUGAGCUCCUGGGCAAGAUGCCGCGCAAGCUGGCCACGGCGGGGAGGUACAGCCGGGACUUCUUCACCAAGAAAGGUAACGGCCCCCGCGGGGGUCUGAGCCGCGAGGGGCCCCAGGGGCGGCGGGUCCCCCCCACUGCCGAAGGGCACCCCUCGAUCCCACUCUCUCCCCGCCCUGCUGUGCGGCGCCCCCUCCUCUCUCUCCGCACACCACAGCCCCGGGCCUGGCCGGCUGGCACUGCCGUGAGCAGGGCCUCGAUCUGGCGGAGCCUAGUGCGCUCGCCAGUGACGCACACAGACGCACCAGGGAAGCACGGCUGUCUGUACGUUUGCUAAAGUAAGGCUCCGCGUCCUCGACCUCCAAACCAGGUCUCGUUCAAACCACAGUUCUAUGUUUAGGUCCCAAUUAAAAUGAAACAGAGAUGUUCCUUGUCU